AUGGCCUCAAGACUCGUCCCCCUCGCAUGCAGGAUUGCCCCACGGGCCUCGCGACAGUUCCAGAGGGCUCAAUGGCGGGCUUUCAGCGUUUCGCGACCGUCAUGGAACGAGAGCGGCUCGCUCAACGUUCACCGCGACACGCCUCAAAACAACCUCAAAAUUCCCUUCAAAUUUACACCACAAAAUGAGGAACUCAUCCAAGAGAUCGUCUCCCGAUACCCCUCCCAAUACAAGAAGGCCGCCGUCAUGCCGCUGCUCGACCUCGGACAACGCCAGCACGGAUUCUGCAGCAUCAGCGUCAUGAACGAGGUUGCGCGGAUACUGGAGAUGCCACCAAUGCGUGUGUACGAGGUUGCGACUUUCUACACCAUGUACAACCGGGACCCCGUGGGCAAGUUCCACGUCCAGGUCUGCACAACUACCCCAUGCAUGCUUUGCGACAGUGACUCGGUUAUGAAGGCUUGCGAAGACGUAUUGGGCGUACACCACGGCGAGACCACCGCAGACGGCCUCUUCACAUUCUCCGAGGUCGAAUGCCUUGGUGCAUGUGCGAACGCGCCCAUGGUCCAGAUCAACGACGACUACUACGAGGACCUAACAUACGACUCGACAGUCAACCUGCUCAAGGCCCUCAAGGCCGCCGAACAAUCCACCGGUGCGCAGCCCGGAGGCAAGGGUCUGGCAUCUGGCAAGGGAUCGCUGAACGUAGAGGCGGGCGCCGGUGAGGCUCUCGCCAACGAGCAGGGACGCCAAUACGCGGCUGGCGGCCUCAAGCUGCCAUCACCAGGACCAUUGAGUGGAAGGAAGAGCUGCGAGCCGGCUGCUGGAUUGACUUGCUUGACAAGCGAGCCCUGGGGUAACGAGACUCUGCGGAAGGAUGGCGAGCUAUAG